AUGAUAUGGACUGCCAGACGAUGAACGACUGCACCAUUACACUGCCCGCUGAAGACGACAAGUGGUUAAAUUUUCAGAACGUAAACCACAAGGAACGAGUGCCCUUUAUCGUCUACGCGGACCUUGAGUGUGUGCUACGGAAGACGCAACAUGAUACAGAGCAAGCGUCGUACACAUAUCAACAACACGAAGUAUUCAGCAUCGGAUACUACGUGCGAUGCUCGUACGACGACGCGUUAUCUACGUAUAGGUUUCGUCGCGAUAAAGAUUGCAUCGCGUGGUUCACGAAACAAAUCGAAGAAUUAGCGCAUAAUGUUAAAACUCGUUUAUCCACUAAUGUCCCCAUGGAAACGUUAUCGAAAGAACAAUUGGAGGCAUACCGUAGCGCGACGCGGUUAUCUGCGAUAAGCCGUUUGCACCAGACGAUACGCGGGUGCGCGAUCAUUGUCACCUGACCGGUCGUUACCGCAGUCCAGCACAUUCUCUUUGUAAUCUAAAUUAUCGAAAUGUAUCAUAUAUGCCAAUUAUUUUUCAUAAUUUAUCUGGAUACGAUUCACAUUUCAUUAUUAAGGAAAUAGCCACUGCGUUCAAAGGGAAGACCGACAUACUCCCCAUCACGAAAGAAAAGUACAUUUCUUUCACAAAACAUGUCAUAGACACAGCCGAUAAAUUAAAUCCACACAAUUACAUAAAACUACGGUUUAUAGAUUCAUAUAAAUUUUUAAAUACUAGUCUCGAAAAAUUGGCAUCGUUUCUA